CCUAACAACCGGUCUGAGAGACAAACAUAAGUUUUCGCUGUAGAAACGUUUUGUAAGUAAAGCAUGCCUGUGACACUCCUCAUCUACUCACUACACACAAUGUACUGAGUCGGAAUGGCUGGGACUGGAGAAGGGAACAAAGAAGAGGCCGACUUCAAGAGACUGGGCAGCUUCCCUCUCAUCAGGCACACAGACAUGGCCGAGGAAAUGAGGGUUGAGACCGUGGACCUGUGUGUAACGGCCUGUGAAAUGUUUGCCACCAACAACGAGAGUGCAGCAAAGAUGAUCAAGGAGUCCAUGGACAAGAAAUACGGCAGCUCCUGGCACGUGGUGAUUGGUGAAGCAUUUGGCUUUGAGAUCACACAUGAAGUGAAGAACCUGCUCUACAUGUUCUUUGGAGGGACGCUGGCAGUGUGUGUGUGGAAGUGCUCGUAGCAUCUAGUCACCGUGCCUCCUGCCUGCUGACAUGGUCACUUGGCUGGGAAUGAAGACCAGCUACCAGCCAGAGGCUGGUCAGACUUUGGUUGUGGCAAGUUACCAGCCAUUUGGCAGAUUAUAUUAUUGAUCUGCUUCAAAACAGUUGGAGGGACAAUAUUUAAAAAAGGGAGUUUGGAGAGUGACAGUCACCUUGUCUGGUAGGCAUAAAAUAUCUUCUUGCCUUCUUUGCCUCUCUUCUUUUGUUUUGUUUUGUUUUGUUUUUAAUUCUCCAUCUGUCCUAUUUUUGAACGUUUUGCUGAACGUAAGUGAGGGUGCACAUGCAAUUUAAUUCAACCUUUACAAAAUUUGCAGCUAGCCAGGGUCUCCAAAGUCCUUUAUCCUCACUCUUCUUCAGGGAGUCUGUGUGCACAUUAGUGAGUUUACACGUGUGUGUGCUGGACACACACCGUUUUUGAAAAUAACCACACGUUGUCACCUUCCUCAGCAAUCUUAGCAGAACUUCUUCCGUCCAUGUCAUCUUGAACUUUUUCACAUGUGUUUUACUCUCUCCAACGGCACUAGUCUUUCAAUUAAAUUUGUAAUAUUUUUUAUGUGUACAUACUUUUUAUGCAACUUGAAAAACUUGUUUUUAGAGAUGCAGUGUUAUCUUCUUACAAGUCAGGGCUCAGAGUCUCCUGAGCAAAACAAUAAUCCUGAUUCACCUUUUCUCCUUGUAAAGCUGUUUGUAUUAAACACUACUAAUAUUGCCCUGCUGGGUGACAAUAUAGCAAUGUGAUCGUUUCAUGUUGGUGCAAGAAUUCAUGAUCCAGUGGAGUGGAUCAUCACAUGUGAACUGACCCAAUUGUAAAUAAACUGAAAUGUGGUCAAAUUUGAAGUUAAACUCAUUUUCCUUUGUUCUUUUUAUUGUUUAUUAUCAAGUGAUGCUUCAAAAUCAUAUGUUAUGCAUUUAAAGCAAUCCAGUUAAAGUCAAAUUCAUGAUGAGGAUUUGUAAAACCUCAGUGCAAGUUGUCUUUGAAUAACAUCCAACAGAUAAAUAGUUGUCUUAGAGCCAGAUAUUUGU